GCAAUGUGUUUCCGGUCGGAGACAUGAGAAUGUAACCACGGCAUGCCAUGUUGUGUACACCAGAAAAACCCACGCUGAGAGAAGUCAGCGGCUUUUAGAAACAUCUGUAUGAAAACCUUCAGGUAAGACUUUUAAACAACAUCGUGUACUUAUAUCCCCUGAAGAGGAAGGAGAAGUCCCCCCCCACCCCCUCGCGGUGACGUCACCUCCCCACCACCAUGAAGAUCAAGAGACAGAAACAGGCCAAGAAAACCAUCAGCUUCUACAAGUACAACUUCAGCUUCAGGGAACCGUUCCAGAUCCUCCUGGACGGCACCUUCUGCCAGGCGGCCCUGAAGAACAAGAUCCAGAUUAAAGAGCAGAUGCCCAAGUACCUGAUGGGGGAGGUUCAGCUGUGCACCACCAACUGUGCACUGAAAGAACUGGAGACUCUGGGGAAGGAGCUGUACGGAGCCAAACUCAUCCUGCAGAGGUAUCAGGUCAGGAACUGUGCACAUUUCAAGAGCCCAGUCCCUGCUUCCGAGUGUCUGCUGUCCAUGCUGGGGGAGACCAACCUACACCACUACUUUGUAGCCACACAGGACCACACUCUGACCGCAGGCCUGAAGAAGAUCUCGGGCGUUCCUCUGUUCUACAUCAUCGCCAACACCAUCGUCCUGGACAAACCCAGCCAGGUGUCUCUCGAUCAGGUCCAGGCCGUCUCGCUGGGGGAGCUGGUGAGCCCGGCCCAGCAGCAGAGCAUCCGCAGCCUGAAAGAGGAGCAGGGCAUCGGCCAAGGGGACGGAGAGAGACGAGGGAGGAAGAGGAGGAGGAAACAGAGCCAUCCUAACCCUCUGAGCUGCCUGAAGAAGAAGAAGAAAGGAGGGCCGACGCCGCCCCUGAAGAAGACGGAGGAGGGGGAGAAGAAGAGAAACCGACCGAAGAAGCAGAAGACGGAGGAAGUGCCUGCUCCUGCAAUAACAAAUACAUAAUGUGGCAGGAAGACAGACACUCAAGCCAUUUUGUUGCUUACAAAAAUAACAUUUGAAGAUGUCAAAUAAUUUCAUGUUUAAUAUAAAACCAGAACUUCUGCUCUGUUCUUCUGAUGUCACCACAUUGAACAUGUUCAUGUUUAUUACACACAAUGCCAUUUUAAAAUCUCAGUAUUUAUUUUAAUUUGAAAAGUUCUGCGACAGUUUCCAGGACUCAGACAGAAACAUAACCAAUGUUUUCAAGAUUCAGAGGAUUUGUCUCGGGCUUUUAUACAAAAUAUAAAAGCAGGUUUACAGGCACAUAGUUCAAGAUAUAAGCUGCACUCGGACAUUACAUGACGUACAGUUUACAUGAGAGGGGAUUUUAAAAACCAUGCAUUCAGCCGUCUUUUGCAGAAGCAAGAAGGAAGAAGUGGGACCACAAUGACUUGUUGGUCUGCUUGUUUUCACGCUGUGUGAUUUGUUAUUUCUGCUGGAUUCAGUCUGUAGUAAGAGUCCAAACAAUGACACACGUUCUCAAUAUGUCCAUUCAGACCUCACUUGGUCAUGUUCACUGUUUCCAAGUUGAUUACUUAUUAGUUUUACUUAUAGAUUAAAAACAAAUACUAUUCAUUCUCUAUAACUCUUGUAUAAUACAACAUUGAUUAUUGAUUAUUGAGUAUGAGCAUUGAAUAGAUUAUCUACUUCAUGUCAAAGGUAACAGCUGAAUUGUUUUCUUCGUCAAGAUAAUACAACAUUACUGUAGAGCUGCUUUCAGACAGGCACCGCACUCCGGAUGUUUUCCUGACAUUUUCCAGAUGUGGAAACGCAAGUCAGUUGCUGCCAGUCCCUGGUAAAAUGUCUGAGUGGGCACGUGUGAGAAUACAGCAGGAAAAGAUGCUGACAAACUGCUUGUCAACAUUACUGCUGAGCUAGUAGCUGCUUCGCUCACCAUCUUCAAUGUGCAGUAAAGUGAAAUGUAUACGUCAUGUUCUGGAAAUGUUCCUGUUGUGAACACGUCUGACCUGGACAAUCUCCUGCCGUGUUCUGGAAAAUGUCAGGACAUUAUCCGGAGUUCACCUGAAAACAAGAUGUCACCCACCUGUAACUAAAUGAUUUUCCAUUUAUAAAAGGGACAUUGGAUUAAA